GGAAAGGCUUGCAAAAUUUGACAGUUGUACCAGGGUUGCACAACAGUUGAUAUGGUUGUUUGAACUACAUUUUUGAAAUUUCUAAAUUUCACUUUAUUAAUUGAUAUUAGAAAUAUUAAAAUACAUGGAAUGGGCAUAAAAAACAUCUUCAUUUACUGUCUGGAACAUUUUAGUACUGGAACUUGCUUCCAUACAUCGAAGUGUUUCAAUUAUUAAAAUAUGUAGUUCUUUUUCAACGUUUAGUGGUGGUUGUUGUUAGUGGAGCCAUUAGUAAUUUUGACAUAUUUCUGUUUACCGCGAAAAUAAGUAAACAAAUGUGUGAUUUCAAAAUCUAUAGAAAAUAUUAAAAAAUUGUUUAAAUUAUGAGUGGAUUUAAAGCACGAACAGACACUUCUGCCUUGGAUUCUGUCGAACCAAUGGAUGUAGAUGAAGAGUGUGAAGAUGUUGCUGAGGAGAAUGAAGAUAAAGAAUUUGAAAAACUGCUUUGGUCCAUUGAUGAUGACACACUCUUCCACCCGCUCGGCUUAACAAAUCAUGGCACCGAUGCUGGGAAAACAGUGUUUGUAACGUGGAAUGAAGAAUACCUGUUGAAUUUCGUGUUUAAACGUUCAAAGCGCUCUAAAAAAAUCAGUUUGACCAAAGUACGUUUGCCAAUGCCAAAUGGAGAAAUUGUUAACGAUAUGUUCAUACUUGAAAUGAACGCUUUGCUGCUUAUGCGAAGUGGCAAUGUGUACUAUUUCAGUUCAGUUAAAUCCAUGCAUGCAGUUGACUGGCUCAAUGAUGCCGGCGGUGGUGUACGAUGUAUGGCUUUGGCGCCACCAAUAGGAUUCAGUUGCAUACGCUACGUAGCGGCAGAGAAGGCGCUCAUGUUAGAGAUGUAUCAAGAUGUUCCGGACAUAGGACGCAAUGCACCUGCAUUAUUGCUGCGUUGUGACGUGACAUUUGAUGAUACCAAUCUUUUCAACUGUGCGUGGGAAGAUGAGCGUUAUACAUUAGUAACGCAACAAGUUACGGCGGAUAAUUUGAAUUUCCUCCAUUGUUUACUUAUGGCAGAAGUAGAGCUAGAAGUUGGACAAUGGCUGCACAUAUUUACGGUAUCCAGUAACGUAUUUGCAUUGAUUGCAGCCACAAAUGAACGCAACGCUGUUGAUAAUGACAAUAACACAAGUGGUGAUUAUCACAUACAACUGCUCUGUACGUACGCUACAAAUGUUGACUCUGUACAAUUAGACUGUGCUGAGCGACGCUGUCUGAUUUUUCUGCAAUGUGGUACCAUUGAUAUCUGGUAUUACUCGCAGUUGAUCUGUGGCUUACGACGCAUCCAACAUUACACUGGUUCCCAAUAUAGGCACCAAGUGUAUGCAGCCAGCACACGCUGUUUUUACUUUACAGACGAAGAACAGGUGGCUCAACUGCAUUUCAGUUAUGAUGAGCAAACGGAUAGUUGUCGUGUGCAAGAGCACUAUAAAGUCAUACCUGGCAUGGUGGCAUGCACUUGGGUAGAGACUCAGCGUCAGUUGAUUUGUCUAAGUUGCAAUAAUAUCUUUUAUAAAAUUUCAUUUGAAAGAACAGCCAGCGCCAGUAGAUCCGAUUUGUGCGCCAGUUUUUCGGAUGCAGUAACUACGGAAUAUGAGAAUUUCCAAAGACUCUACGAGUUGACACCAGCGCGAUUGAAGCGUCUGCUCGCACGUGCAGAAUUAGUCGACGAACUAACACAAAUGCCGUUGCAAAUGCAUGCGGCGGUCGAGCAAGAGUGUGUAAAGCAACAGCUGCUGGGUGUGGCCUCAAAUCGUCACCUAUAUCGGUAUCUGGCGAAAGCGAGACUAGUUUACAGUGUACAAUUGCCUACAGCAAUGCAGCAAGACGUGAUCGUAAUGUAUGCAAAUAAUAAUUACCAACUACAUCAUGACAGUUAUGUCGCGCUUAUAUAUAUGCAAAUCAGCAGGAACGACGUCUUGCAUGACGGUGACAGCCUUUGGCACCUAUACAUAGAUGUUGACUGUAGCGACAGCUAUAUGCUGCAUAUACCCAAUACGCUGCUUAAGCAGCAAUUAUGCAUUGUAAUACCCUUGAAACGCACUGAAAAUCAAUUGUUAGCCGAAAUCGUGUUAAAGCUUUACACGCUUGUAUGCUUGGAGAGCGAUUUUGUGGCAGUGUCAUUGCCCAUUGAUUUGGAAAUAAAUGCCGCUACUUAUGCUGAGCUCUUCACUAGCUACAAGCGUUGUGUGACAAUUUGUAAUAACUAUGAUAUACAAAAAUUAAUAGCCAAUUUCCUAAAUCAAAAGCAGAAGAAAGAAAUAAAAACGACGGAAGAGUUGUCCACUCCACAAGAAGCGCAUAUGUUGAAACAUACCCUGCAUCUACCCGCCACUUGUCCCUUCAGCGCUGUUGCCAAGUGCCUGCAUGUGCAAAAGAGGGAAGCACAAAGCUUUGAGUGCUAUUUUAUGUCAACAGCCAUCAAAAUUACGCACAUGCCCGAAGGGAAUUAUAUUAUUUUGGAAAGUGCGGAUGCGGUAGCUUUAUGUUAUCUAAAACUACAUUUGCUAAAUAGCAUGCCAGAGUUAUUAGAAAAGUGCAAUGAAGCGGCGGCUAAAGACAGACAACAAACGCUGAACCAACUACAAUGCGAUUUAACACGCUGCACAAACGCACUGCUGCAAGCGCCCUCAUUGGAUGAGAGCACUGCAAGUCAGGAUAGCGACACCGUUUCACAUGCCAUGCAGCUGCAGCAGCUGAAAAAUAUUUAUUCCAAAUUACGUCAAGAUUUUCACAAGUUGUACAGCUGAUAGUGAGUGGAGUGUGGUAAUUCAUUAGGUGUUCUAUUGAAAGCUAGGUUAGGUUAGUAGGAAGUUGUCACUUGGGCAGUUUUGAGACUCCUAAUGGAUCAAAAAGACCCUAUUGAUAGCUAAUUUCAACUUUAAAUAAAUCCGUGUACUUUAAUAAGAUUAUUAUAAUUAUGUGAGCUGUAAGCUAAUGCGAAAUUUUUUAUUCUAUAGUUAUUAUGCGUAAAAUAUAUUUAUUUUUUAAGUAUAAGCAUGUUUAAAAUAAAUAUAAUUGUUUACUGAGAAACAAACGGAAAAUUAUUUUCUUUA